AUGCCCCCUACCAUGUCAGUCAUGCCUGCUGGCAGCCAGCACCCCCUACCGGCCCAGAACCACAGACCAGCCCCACAACAGCAACGUGGUAGUCAGACAUUAGAGGAUCUCCGAAACUUCUUUGGCUCUAUUCGUUCAGAUCCCAAUUUCCAUGUGGUGGAUGAGAUUUUCAAUGAAACCAGUGAUCUGCAAAACCAACUAAAAGCCAAGGAGAAGGAACUGGAACAAGUUAAGACCGAAGUAUCAACACAGUUAAGAGAGAAGCGAAUUGCUAUAGCGCAGAUGUUUGAGGCGAAUGAAGGCGAGAAGUCCAAGCAAAAAGAGGCAGCAUCAGAGAUAGAGUCUCUCAAGAAGCUGAUUCAGGAGGGAAAGGACACCAUCGCCAGAAAGGAGAGCGCAAUCAGCCACUCCGAGGACCGAUACAACAAGCUUCAAUCGGCCAAUAUCCAGCUGGAUUCAGAGCUGAAGGAUUCCCAAGGCGAUAUUGAUAGCCUACAACAAAGGCUGAAAGAAAAAGGUGCCCUCCUCGACAAAAUCAAGUCUUCCCACUCUGACAACCAGAAACGGUUGAAGGACGCGGAGGGGAGGGCUAAAGAGGUGCAGAGGGAGAAGUCUGCUUUAAACACGUCAUUGCAGGCUACAAAAGCUCAACUGGAUAGGAUUGAAGGAUAUACGACCAAACAAUUUGACUCGAAUGAUGAUGACAUGGCAGAUGCCUUUAUCGAUCUGUGGCACUAUGCCACCACCGAGAUCUCUCAGUACUUGAAUGGAGACCUUUCAGAUGAGGUUCUGCAGAAUCAUGCCAUCUGGGACACAUUCAAAAGGCAGAGCAACUUCGCUGCCGUCCCGCUUCCACAUUCCAACUCGCCGGCAGCAAAGCAGAUGCGACUGGCUAUUGUUUUAGCUAUUCUGGCAAGAGAAGUCGAUAAGCAUAUCUUCCAGCCCACGUACAUUGUACCCGAGGACGCAGGAAUUCGGUCGGUUCUCGCCGAUCUCGCAGCCUCCGAUCAUGAGAAAGAAUCAUUCUGCCGCUCCUUACUUGUUUCAAUUUAUCCAGACAGGCAGCAAACGGCGCUUCAAUCCAGGGUGCAAGCAGUUAUCAGGAAUGUUUCUUCAUAUCUAUAUGAAAUGCUUCCUGGUGACCAGUUUAGCCAGCUCCGCGCAAGCCUUGAGAAGAUAGUAGGAAAGGCCGUCGAUAUAUGGCUUCCUACUCAGAGGUCCUUGCAAAGAUAUGAACCAGACUUUCUGCCCCAUCAAUGGGGGGACAAUGAAUGGCUUCCCUUCGGGUACCCUGGGGAUGGCCAUGCAGGAAGUGAAAACAGCCCCAAUGUGAUGGACGAAUGUCUGCUCACAGUGUUCCCGCGGCUUACGGUGGUGGAAAAGGGAAACCGUUUCCCACUGACCAUUGUGGUACAGUUGAGGAGGUCACAGUGUAUCGAAGCUGCUCGAGAGGUGAGCAGUGUACCAACCAGCCCCGUUUUUGAUCGCCUUGUGUCAGGUCGAGCUCGGAGAAGAUCAAGUGUGACAAGCAGUGCCGGCCAUGCGAAUGGCGCCCUGUCGGCCAAAAAAAAGCCCCAAGGUCCUUAG